GACAUGCUGCCCCCCACAGUCACAUUGCACUGAUUGCAGACACCAAAUUAUCUUUCUUGUCUAAUUUCAAUUUGUAAACGGUGUGAUAACAUGUAAUUGAAUAGACUCGCACUGUGAUUCGGAGAGAAGAAAUGAAUUCAAUGCAAAAACUGUACUUUUACUCUAUGCGUACACCCCCGCGAAAAGUAAGCUGGUCUUCAAAUAUGGCCGCCGAUAAUUUCGUCAUACAACUGAGUCACGAGGCGCCGCACGUAAAGUUCUGAAACACGCUGUCGCGUGGAACCGGAUAAAAGCCAUUGUACGUUCAACGUUGAGUAGUGUUCACUGUCGCUGGUCAAUCAAGCAACGAAGAUAGUGGCACUAGUCUCUAGGAACGCUAAGCUACUCUAAGCCGGGCUGCACCUACCCGUUUGUUUCUCCCACACAGACGCCACGGGUCUCGGCCCACAAAGAUGGCCACCGACACCAAGUACAGUCCCGUGAAGGCGGCCGCGGCAGCUGCGCCCGCAGGGGGCGCCGGCGUCGACGCGGCGUCGGAGGGAAUCUCGCUAAAGCCGAAGAUCACGCUGCUCAACGGCGUCACCGUCAUCGUCGGCUCGAUCAUCGGCUCGGGGAUCUUCGUCUCGCCGAAGGGCGUGCUGCAGUACACGGGCAGCGUAGGCAUGUUCCUGCUCGUCUGGCUCUUUUGCGGCAUCUUCUCGACGAUCGGCGCCUACUGCUACUGCGAGCUGGGCACGCUGAUCCAGCGGUCGGGCGCCGACUACGCGUACAUCUACGAGGCGUUCGGUCCGCUGCUCGCCUUCAUGAGGCUGUGGGUCGAGUGCGUGAUCGUGCGGCCAUGCUCGCAGGCGAUCGUCGCCAUGACGUUCGGCAUCUACAUCCUGAAGCCGUUCUACACGGAGUGCGAGCCGCCGGACGACGCCGUGAGGCUGCUGGCCGCCGUCUGCAUCAUCGUGCUGAUGUUCAUCAACUGUGUCAACGUGAAGUGGGCGAUGCGCGUACAGGACGUGUUUACCUUCGCCAAGCUGCUCUCUCUAGCCAUCAUCGUCAUCACGGGCAUCGUCAUGCUCUGCCUAGGAAACUUCGAGAACUUUCACUCGCCCUUCUCGAACACCACAACAGACGUGACGUCGAUCGCGCUUGCCUUUUACUCGGGCCUGUUUGCCUACAACGGCUGGAACUACUUGAACUUUGUCAUUGAGGAGCUGCAAGAACCAGAGAAGAACCUGCCGAAGGCUGUCGGCAUCUCGAUGAUCAUUGUUGUCUUCAUCUACGUGAUGACCAACAUUGCCUUCCUCACCGUCGUCUCACCGGCUGAGAUACUACAGAGCCCCGCUGUCGCCGUGCUGUUUGCCGACCGACUGUACGGCGUCAUGGCGUGGAUCAUGCCCGUCAUGGUCGCCAUGUCGACGUUCGGCACCGUCAACGGCAUCCUCUUCACGUCGGCGCGUCUCUUCUACGUGGGCGCGCGCGAGGGCCACAUGCCCGAGGUUCUCACAAUGAUCCAGGUCAAGCUGCUCACACCCAUGCCUGCCGUCAUCUUCAUGGGGUUGCUGUCGCUGUUGUAUCUCGGCUCGUCGGAGAUCUACGCUCUCAUCAACUACGUGAGCUUCGUCUGCUGGCUCGCCAUCGGCCUCGCCGUAUUCUCCGUGCUCUGGUUCCGCUGGAAGUGGCCAGACGCACCGCGACCAAUCAAGGUGAACAUCAUCUGGCCGAUCCUCUACACGUUAGGUUCCAUCUUCCUGGUUGUUCUGCCGGCCAUAGCUGAGCCCAAGGACACAGGUAUCGGAGCGCUGAUCAUGCUCACGGGCUUCCCUAGUCUAUUCAGCUUCGUCAAGUAA